AUAAAAACACCCUCAGUGAAUGGUCAACCGGCAGAGACGGGUCCAGCUGAGGAUCAUUGCUUCAGCGUCGAAAACGCGCGACGGCUGCGAUUCCAUUUACAGUUUCAAAAUCGACUAGAGGUGAUAAUGUAGGCGAAAGUUGAGUGCGUUGUGCUGGUUUGGGGUGUUUGAUUGUUUGUAUCAAUAUGUUAUCAAUCAAUCAAUAUGUAAAAUUAAAAUAUGUAUAAAAUAGAAUGAAUCUACAUUCUUUUUGGCUUUUGUGUAAAACAUAUAAUUCCAAAUCACUGCUUAAAAUUGAUAGAAUCUUUGUUGAGAGUUUUUAACUUAAUGUUCAAAUAAAGUGUUCAAUAGCAAUUAAUAAAGUAUUCAAAAAUGUCUCAGGUUGAAACAUCCCAACCACGUUCAGCUGUACUCGAUGUUCACCGUACCAACGAACCAACACCUCAGCUAUUCCAUCCAGCGCUGGAACCACUUCUGCACUCCAGAACGAUCCGCUACCAGGAGCGAGUUUCCUGCAACUGCUGCGCCUGGCCAGUCUACGAAAUACUCAACGACCACGAUCAACUGCUGUACGAAAUAAACGAACUCGACGGGUGCUUCAUGAGCCAGGAAGCUGCGGUGGCCACCGAUCGGCACGGAACCAAUGUUUUACACUUCCAGCGGAAACGCCACUGGGACGGGUGCUGUUUUGCGCCGUGCAAAAGCAUUGCCGUUACCGAUUCCGGUGGGGAACUGUUCGGAACCGUUAAGCAUCCGCAGUCCUGGCGGGGGAUCUUUCACGUGCUCGAUCCGAAAGGAAGUGAGAUUAUGAGAAUCGCGAAUCAGCAAAGAAGUGAUUCACGAGGGGCGCAGACUUUUCUGAUUUCUGCUCUCAAUGGGGAGGUGAUUGGGAGGAUUGUGAGGGAAGGAUCAAGAUGUUGCAGCUACAAACUAGACUUUCCGGAUGGACUACAUUUGGGUGCGAAGGCGACGCUACUGGCAGUUAUUAAGUUUAUAGUUAUGAAAAUGAAAGGUGCACCUUCGUCAGAAUAAAAAUUAAUGGAAGAACAUAAGACAAAAAAUUACGAGAUUUUUUCUACAAAUAUAACUUACUUUUGUAUCAAACCAAAUUAUUUAUUAUCUUUAAUUUUUAUUUGAGCUAUUUAUUACUUUGAAAUCAUCAAAAACACAUUAUAAAAACUGUAAUUCAUGGUCAAAGUUCUGAUACAGUUAUCCC